GAGGAGUGCUUCAUCGCCGCCAUGGAGGAGGACGAGGACAACAUCGAGGCGCGCGUGCAGCUGGCCAACAUGUACGAGGGCGAGCAGGAGCAGGAGGGCCGCGAGGAGGCCUUCCUGCUGGUCAGGGAGGCGAUGAACCUCGAGGCCCGCCAGGGAGGCGACGGGGCCCCGUCCAAGCCGCGCAGGCGCCGUGGCCCGCUCACGAGACCGCGCAAGCCGCGGGCGAAGCGCGAGAAGAAGCCCAGGGAUCCCAAUGCGCCAAAAAAGUCAAAGUACGUGCCGCGCCGGCUCAUCAACGCCGAGAAGCGAAAGCAGCAGGACCUCGAGAUGACCAAGGAGGCGGCCAAGAACCUGCAGGCGCUGCAGGAGCUCAAGGGCCGCGUCGUGGCAGGCGACGAGCUGGCCACGACGGUCUGGAUGAAGGCGGCAAAGGACCUCGUCGACGACUUCCGCUCCUACAAGCGCUUCUACCCGUGGGAGAAGUACAUCAAGUACCUCGGCUACGGCGCCAACGUGCCGGGCGGCCAGUCGGCCGUGCCGUCGCGCAACAUGAAGCUCGCCGCCAUGGCCGAGCGGCUGCAGCAGAACCUCGCGCCUGCCGAGGGCGGCGGCGGGCAGGGACAGCAGCAGGAAGAAGACGCUGCCGCAGCGGGAGCAGCAGCAGCAGCAGCAGCAGCAGCAGCAGCAGGGCAGCUAGCCAUCAAGAUCCCGCAGGAGCACCGCGGCAUCGCGUUCGACAAGUGGCUCGACAUCUUCCUCGACUACGCCUUCAGCCUAGUGCGGGCGGGCCAGCACCGCGAGGCGUACGUCGUGUGCCACGCAGCGCGCGACUCGGUGGUGUGGAUGUCGACCGAGAACACGUUCCUGAUCCACGUGGCGUGGGCGUCGUGCGCCGUCUACGCGGGCGACGAGGAGACGUGCGUGGCCAUCGCCCGCUACUUCAUGCGCGACUACAUGCCCGGUACCGACUCGUACCGCAUGUUCACCGCCAUGUGCCGCGUGUGCCAGACCCCCGUGUCGUGGUACACGUCGGGCCCCGCGCAAAAGUUCAUCCUGCGCCAGAUCAAGACUAUGGAUAACAUUAUUGUCAAGAGCAAGGAGCAGCAGCAGCAGCAGCCCCCCGAAGAGGCUGGUACCGGUACUGGUGCUAGCGGCAGCAGCAGCGACAUCGGCCUCGACGUCUGCCUGCUGACCAUCUACGGCCACAUCCUCUUCUCCACCACCAGCUACACGUACGCGCUGUCCUACUUCGCGCGCGCCGCCUCCCUCGACCCCCACAACUGCCUCAUCAACCUCAGCAUCGGCCUCGCCUACGCCCACUACGCCCUCAAGCGCCAGGCCACCAACCGCCAGUACCUCCUGACGCAGGGCUUCGCGUUCCUGUUCCGCUACUACGACGACCGCCUCCGCGGUGGAAACAACAUCUCGAAGGGCCAGCGCAUGGAGGCCCACUUCAACAUGGCCCGCGCGUACUCCCUCGUCGGCCUGUCCAACCUCGCGCUGGAGUACUACAAGAAGGUCCUCGACGUCGCUGACGAGGAGGAUCCUGAGGGAGAAGAAGAAGAAGAGGGGAAGGCCGUCGGCAACGAGGAUCUUACUUUUGAGGCCGCGUACAACGUCCGCACCAUCUGCUUCCUGCUCGGCGACCUGCUCGGCGCCAAGGCUGUCACGGAUCGGUACAUGCGGCUUGGGGGGUGAUGUUUUUGUUCCGGUGCUUAUUUCUAUUCACGAGCUCUUUUUUAUUUCUUUUCUUUUUUUUUUAGAUUUCGGGGUGGGUGGGCGUUCAUGGUGGGACUUUUUCUAGAC